GUUUUAAGAAAGGUCUUGAAGAACGGCGUGUCCAUGGAAUGAGGGAUUUUCUUUACUGUGCACUGCACAGUAAGCCAAGUGCUAGUCAGACCUAUUUCUUUCUUUUUCUUUUUCUUUUUCUUUUUCCUUUCCAUUCUUCACAGACAUCGCAGAAUCCCUCUCGAAGAAACAACCUUGCAUUCAUAUUCAUUACCAUAUUCACAUCCAAAUCCACAUUUAGAUAGCUCUUUAUAACUAUGGCUAGCACCACCGGUCAACCAGCUCAAGGUGGAUCACAAGCGCCUCUCCAGUCUGGCUAUACCUCCAAUGACGAAUAUACGAUCAAGUCUGAUGUUUUAAGGAACUCUCGAUUCGAGAUUCUCUAUAUGCCUGCACGCGCUCGUGCUGAAGUGCCUCGUUUGAUUCUUGAAUACGUUGGUGCUGAUUACAAAAGCAUAGAACCUGUGAAUUGGGCUGAAGAGAAGAAGGGCACCCCAUUUGGUUUACUCCCGAUUCUGACACAUUACAAACCAGAUGGCAAGAGCGUGAGAGUAGCAGAAGGACCAGCCUUGACGCGUUAUAUUGCUCGUCUGUUUAAUUUAUCAGGCAACAACCUUGAAGAGGAGGCCUUUUUAGAUUCAUGCUACCAGUGUGCGUUCGAUAAUGUGUUCAGCACCUUACUCAUCCACAUGUGGUUGAAACCGAAUCCCAAGGAUAAAGCUACUAUUGACGCGGCAUUCGCGAAACUUGCGCCGUUCUUUGAUUGCUUUGAACGACUGCUGGUCCAAAAUGGGUCCAAUGGCUACUUGUUACAUGACAAGACAACGUAUGCUGAGUUCCCUUGGUUUGAAUGGGUCGACUUUUUUUAUUCCGACUUCCAUGAACAAGCACCAAUGAUCGCUUCCGAAAGUGUUCGCCCAACAACCUAUAGACUCUUUAAACGUCUCCGGUCCAAUCCGCGUAUCCAAGCAUAUAUCAAUGGCGGCCGUUGGAAGUAUCGUCCUGCUUAAAAAUAAACUAAAAAAAAUAAAAUAAAAACAGCC